AUGGCGUCUCCCAGUGGGAAAGUCCGGGCGUUGGAGGCUCCCGGCUGUGGCUGCCGGCCCCUCCGGGACUUGGUGGAUUCGGUGGAGGACGCGGAGGGCUUGUACGUGGCGGUUGAGCGGUGUCCCCUGUGCAACACCACCCGCCGGCGGCUGACUUGCGCCAAGUGCGUCCAGACCGGCGACUUCGUUUUCUUCGACGGCCGGGACGGCGAAAGGUUUGUAGACAAGAAGGAGAGGUUAAGCCAUCUUAAAAGCAAACAGGAUGAAUUCCGAAAAGAUGUGCUUAAGGCCAUUAUGGAAGGAAAGUGGAUAACAGAUCAACUUAGAUGGAAAAUAAUGUCCUGUAAGUUGAGAAUUGAGCAGCUGAAACAAACAAUAUAUAAAGGAAAUGAAAGAAAUGACAAGAAAUUCCGAAGGCCUUAAAAAACUAAGGAUAAGAAUCAGAAGUUGUUAUUUCGAGCACAGAGGCACACGAAGAAGGAAAAACUCCAAAGGCACAACCGCAGGCUUGGAGAUCUGGUGGAAAAGAAGCAUGAUGACUUAAGAAGUCAAUAUGAACAUUUGGCAAACCUUCGACGCUCUCAUAUUCUAGAACUCACGUCUGUCAUUUUUCAUGAAGAAGUGAAAACUGGCAUAAGGGACCCUGCAGAUAUUGCUUCAGAGAGUGACACUGCCAUGACCUCCAGCACUGUGAGCAAGCUUGCCGAAGCCAGGAGGAACUAUCUCUCUGGGAGAUGGGUUUGUGAUGACCACAAUGGAGAUACAAGCAUUAGCAUUGCAGGGCAUGGAUUAUCUCUCCCUAACAAAGGAGACUAUUCUGCUUACUACAACUGGGUAGAAGAGAAAAAAAACAACACAGGGACUGACAUGGAACAUAAUAACCCUGCCUACACCAUCAGUGCUGCCCUGUGCUAUGCAACUCUUGUGAACAAUUUGUCUCAUAUACUUGAUGUAAAUCUUCCCAAAAAAUUAUGUAACAGUGAGUUUUGUGGAGAGAAUCUCAGCCGGCGGAAGUUUACUCGUGCAGUCAAGAAGUUGAGCAACAUUCUUUACCUCUGCUUUUCUCAGCACGUAAAUUUAGACCUAUUGCACCCACUACAUACACUCAGGAAUCUAAAGUACCUGGUCAGCCCAGACACUGAACACUUGGGCAGGUCUGGGCCCUUUGAAGUCAGUGCUGAUCUUGAAGGAUUCCAUGGAAUUCUUGGAUCUGCAGCUGCUGGAGAAACAGAUGAGAGUGGAGAUGAGCAUAUAAGUGAUGAAGAGACUGACCUAGGAACAGACUGGGAGAAUCUGCCGAGCCCCAGGUUUUGUUGAUAUUCCUUCCAGCCAGUCGAGGUGCUACAGAGUCAUAGCACGCAGGUGUCCCAGCCGGUGGCUAGCAGUAGUGCCGGGGGGAUGAUCUCCUCUGCUGCAGCCUCUGUGACAUCAUGGUUCAAGGCUUACACGGGACAUCGCUAGCCAGCAUCAGAGACAGUGAUAUAUUUGCAUAGUGAAAAUUUCUCUCCCACAAUGUGUAGUUUUACUAUUUGGUUAAGUAGUGCCUGGAACAAAAAAUAAAUAAAUAAACUAAUUUUUUAAAAGCAGAAUCAAUUCAACAACAUUUAUUAAAGUUAAACAUUUUUAUUUACAAAGAUUGACUGUGAUGAUAACAUUUUGUAAAUUAGGUAAAUCCACCCCUUAUGACCUACUUCACAACCUACGUAUCCUUGGGUAAGCAUUGAAGAUGAUGGACCUUGCACAAGUGGCCAGUUUUUCUGUAUUGAGGGAUAAAUUGGGGCUCUUAUCACAGGAGAAAAGGAAUUUUGGAACUUGAAAACACUGUUUCUGUUUUAUUCACAAUACGGAGGACAGUAGUUCUCAGAACUCUAGUUUUAAAAAGUAGUAACAGAAAGUUCUGAUACCUUCUCAUUAAUAUGUAGAGAAAUGACUAUACUCGCACAUGUUUUAAAGUCAUUCUUUAUUGAUGAAAACUCACAAUUUAAACAUUUUUUAACAUAACUGCUAGUUUUUGUGUCCACAUAUUUUGUACAAAGAGAGCUAAUGUGUUAAUUUAGAAUACUGAUGCUUUUAGUUUGGUUAUCAUAAAUUACCCUUUUUUUAAAAAAUUGAAAUGAGUUCAUUUGUGCUGCUUUCUCAGAUUAUCAGAAAUUUUAUGUAACAGAGAGCACUUGGUUGUUGUCUUUCCUUUACUACCCACACACCAAAGAAAACACGGAUUUAUUUUCUUUAGGACCCAUAGCCACAGACAGAAGAGAUAGUAGACACUUGCAAUAUGUUCUAGGAUUUUUAAAAAAAUCUAUUUUCUAUUUAUAUGUAGUUGUUUAAGCUCCACUGGCUAGCUAAGAAUUGAAUUGCUGCUGGCCUCACUGCUCGUGUUUUGAAAUUCAAGUCAUUUUUUGUUAGUAGUGGGUUCUGCUAGUUUGUGCACUAGCUAAAAGGCCCCUUAAUUAGGUGGUCACGCUGGUGGUUUCUUCCACUGCAAGAGUCAUUUUUCAGUGAUAUAAUCGAUGGCAAGUGCUCCCAAGGAGAGCCAUCCCACUUGUCAGUUUCUAGAAAUCUUUAUGCUUUGAAGAUGCUAUUUUUGCUCAGUGAGACUUCAGAAAUUCAAAGUUUAUCCUUCAGAACACUGAGAUUUUUUUUUUCUCCAUCAUGGGGAAAGCAAAUUUAAAAUAUUCUCAGAACAAGAGAUUUUUUUUUUUCCAAUGAGAUUGUCUUGUCAUUCUCUCCAUGACAAUCUGUUGAGGAGACUGGUAAGGAAAAGCCUUUAUUGACAAAUGUAUAUGUAGUUUUUAGAUUUUUAAUACACAAGGAAAAAAAAUCCCAUGAAAAUACCUAACUGACAUCAUUGUCUUUUCAGUUUUCUGGUGUGGUUAGGCCAAGAUGCCUCAGAAUUAAUUUUGAGGUUUGCUCUUCCCAUUUCCGUUCUUUUCAGGGGCUAAGGGGGGGAUAUAUAUAUAUAUAAUAGUGGUAUUUUGCCUCCAAACAAGAGGAUGAGAUGCAUGAUUUUUUUCCUAAUGUCGAUGUUACUAACACUUGGUAGAAAAACCCAGGGUGUGCUAUAAUUCACUUCCGUCUAGGAGAUAAGUCUCAGUGACCUUUCUGAGACUGUCAUCCUAGGGAGUUUCUGGGUAUUUUUAUAUGGUUUAUGCCAGAACUCCGUGAUUUGGGGUCUGCUCUUUUUUUUUUCCCCCAUAGCAAAUGGCAAUGGUAGACUUACUUAAAAAAACAAACAAAAAGCCAAAGGACAUUUAAUCUUGUUAGAUGGGAAUCAGAAAGCUUCUGAACAGAAGGGAUGGACUAAAUUAGAACCAGUGGAGGAUCAGCUAGAACCAGUGGAGGAUCAGCUACUCGGUGGAGUUUGGAAAGGAAGUUGACUCUCCAUUGAGCCUACAGUGAGACCAUGAAUGAGAUAAGUAAGGCUGUAGGAAAAUGAUUGAUCUUAUACCCUUAGAGCAAUCAGCAAAAUUUUUAAAACUGAGGGUUUUUUGUUGUUACUGUUAACUAGAAGCACUUUACAUAGUUAGAGAUAAUCUGAUCCUUUGGUGUUCAUUGAGCACCUGCUUGUCAGGCUCUCACUUCUGAGAUUUUUUUUUUUAUUAUUAUUUUGCAUUGGAUCCCCACAUAAGCAUUCUCUUAAUUACACAUUUUAACCACUGGUUUUUUUUUUUCCCCUACCCUUCUUCUUGCUUCUCUAAAUCUUGUCUUAUGAGGUGCAAAAAAAUUUGUAAACAGUUUAUUAAAAAUUGAAGCUGGUAUUUUUUAAAAUGAAAAGCCAUAGAACUUGGUAUGUGUCAUGUUUUCCAUUUUAAAAUCAUUUAUUGAAACAAUGUAAUAGUAAAAUCCACAGACACCAAAAAGGUUGUUUGAAAUGGGCUGUGUUUGAGAAAUUUUUUUGUAAUAGAAUAUAUAAUUUUUAAAAUGUUUUGCACAUGUGUAAGUUAACAGGGAAUAAAAAUGGAGUGUCAAUAUUGAGUGUGAUUGACUGGUUCAUUUAGAGGUGAUUAUGAGAAAAGAACACUAAAUGACUUUUUGCUAAAAACCCCAAAAAAGUAAUGAAAGCUCUUUUACAGUAUCAUAAUAUAGGAAUUACCGUUUACUUUGCAACUUCCAAACUAAUUACAACUAAGCACAAAGUUUUCUAAA